AUGACGGACUUAAAGGCAAUGGACCAAAUCAACACGGAGCUUAAAAACGUGCAAAACCGCAUGGACGUUGUUGAGAAGCGACUGGCAGCUGAGACAAAGCAGGUGGACGGGCCUGUCGGUGGCACCGACCUGCGCGAGUAUCAAACGCAAAUGCUACUGAAACUGCGUACGAUUAGAGACACAAUGCAGAAGGAAGGGUCAUCUUUGGAGCGAAUGCGCGAGGAACGCGACGAAGCUCGCCACGAGUGUAGUGCUCUAAGGAAAGAAGUGGAGAAGCUUAAUUAUCGCGUACACCAUCUCAAGCAGCACGUGCCGGUGCCAUCGUCGGCUACCAUGAAGCUAUAA